AUGCUGGCCUCGUCGGAGGCAGUUGUGAGCCAUUCAACUGUGCAUGGCCCCAAUAAUGCCCUCGGCGUCCUCGAUGAGGGACUGCAUCUCCCCUUGGGAUCUGCUGGUGGUGGUUCGUCUGCCAAAGACAGUGCUAACGAACAUGCCCCUGCUGCAGAUUCCCCUACAUCUAUGAGGAAUUUUCCAGGCGUGUACCCCUCCGCUGCACAAUCGCGAAUGCCAGGUCCCUCUGAUUCCGCUGAGCCACUAAAGCGCCCCAACAGCUCGGCGCCGAGCGAUCGAGGGGCUUCCGAUGCAGUUUGUUCAACAGGGCUGCGACUGGCGUUCGAUUGCGCACUGCGGCGCGUCGUUGCUUUCGGAGUGAGGGAUUACUUGGUUGAGAAGUACAAGCUCCCGAUGAUGCCUCUGGACCUCUGCCAAAGCGAAAUUCUGCUGGACGUGGAACAGUGCAUUCCGACAGAUUUCACAGACCUAUUCCCUUCUGACACGUUCCUAGAGGUAGUGAGGCAGAAGCAGUUGUUGGUGGGCACGAUGGACUUCAGCGUAUUUCCACAGCUGGCCUCUGACCCGGGGAACACUUCGGGUUUUUACCCUGAACUUGUCCAGGCGGUUGCUCGGGAGCUCACGGUGAUUGCGUUGCAAAACCCAGGUCUGCGUCGCGAGCUGGUGGGCGAUCGAGAAUUGAAUAUCGGCAUUCUCGAUCAGUCUUUCAGCAAACGCUUGCACGACGUGAAGACGGCGGUGGCGCAGGAGUUGUUCUGGAACGCCGCAUGCAAUGAAAGCGCACGAAGCGCCCACGGCCUGCAGCCGCUGGCCGCCUCCACCGCGAAAGCCGCAGUCGCUCUGAACGACUCGCUGGGUGGCGACGGGAGCUUGUCUUGGCCCGAUGGUCUGUUGUGCGGUGACGCGUCUGCUAGCUCGUCGUCGUGUCUGUUGCUGGGGUGUCUGUCGCCGUGGCGAGAUAUUCCUAAAGAUAUUUUAAUUGGAGUAACUCACGUCAAAUUCAGCACGCCAAUGAACCUUGUAGCCGCGGUCCACCGCGGCGAAGUGCACAUGACGGACGUAGGCACCAUUGCAUCGGCGUACUUGCCAGAGAAGUACAACUUUCUGCCGCUGCGAGAAGUGCUGGAGCCCUCGUGCACCAUUGGCGCGUGGAAGAGUUUCUUCCUUCUGCGGGACUCCUGGAGUCGACGACGGCGCGGUCGCAGGCACAGCUCGGCAGAACACGAACAAAGAAAAUUAGCCAACGCGGUAACAGAGGCAUUCCAGGCCGAUGCAAGAAUCGCGAGUCUGUCGCUUAGCACAGGGAGCAUUGAGAGAAGAAGACAUUCUACGGGUUUCCCGACGACCUUGACAGAUUUGAACAAAGAAGGGAGGCCGAGCUCGGGAGCUAGGCAGGAGAUGGAAGGUGGCGAUGAGCUGCAGAGCUGGGAAGACCGUAUGCGGCAAACACGCAACUUGUUCUUUAAACUCUAUGGCGUCCAGACAGAAGGCUCCCCAACAACUAACAGUACUAGCAGCAGCAACCAUAAUCUGCAUCCAACAGCUUCCCUUGGAACUUCCGGGACAAAUUCGGUCUCCACCAACCGUAACGCGGACACGGACACGGCCGCGUUUGAAGAGAAGACGCUCGUGAAACUCCAGGCUGUCGAUCACUUCUUGUUCUCCUAUUUGUUCCCCGAGGAUUUCAGGAUCUCCAGUGUGAGGAAGUUGACCGACUUGUCGUCGGUACUCAGCGAUGGGGAGCCUGUAGGGGCCUUCGGCUAUGGCCUGGCGGGUCGAGGCGGACGUCGGCGGAUCUCCUCUAACUCCGCCUGGCGCUGUCAUUCGCAGCAGAGGCGGGCACCGAGUUUGAUCGGUUCUCGCUUCAGGAGAGAGCAGUUGGUGCCUCGUAUGGCAGCAGGCCUUCGCCAUGGCCGGGCGUGCGACUUGCCGUCGACGCGUGUGCGUCAGGGAGGGCGGCAGCACGACGGGGUGGUGGAGUUCCCAGGGCCCCUUGUGCCUUUAGCGGCCUUCUUCGCAAAGAGCAGAGACCCAACGUGCAGAGGACUUCCAAGGCGCUCCGUGACGACUGUGACGGAGAAGCAGACAGCGCUAAGCGCAGCAGCCUCGAUGCCGUUGCCAUACGUGUCUGUGCAUUGCUGCCUGCCAGCAGUCGGCGCGUUGGUUGCAAUUUUAUUUGCCUUCUUUUGA